GUCCAUACAUAUAUGAUAUAUAGCCGUCUCAUUUUGUGUUAAUUAUUUUCAGAUUCAGAAUCUUCGAUAUCGUCAACGUUGUGUGUCCUUUUCUUCUGUUGAUUGGCGCCGGCUAACCCCUUUUGUCAAAUUCAUCUGUGUAUUUAUGUGUCAGUGAUUGCCCACCGAAAUUGAAUCACUGAACUAGCUUCAAUGGCUACCGACGAGGAGAGUCCGCUCGUUGCUGAACAAGCUCCAUCGCAACCGCUCAACCACAGGAGAGAUGUUUACUUGCUCUGCUGGGCUUUCCUCCUCAUCUUCUUGGCUUAUGGCGCUGUGCAGAAUUUGGAAUCUACCAUGAAUACUGAAGGGGAUAUGGGCACCAUAUCGUUGGGGAUAUUGUAUGUUUCGUUUGCGAUAUUUUCCCUGGUGGCUUCGAUGGUGGUGAAGAAGAUGGGAUCAAAGAAUGCUUUGAUUCUUGGUACAACUGGAUACUGGCUGUUUAUAGCAGCAAAUUUGAAGCCCUCUUGGUAUACUAUGGUGCCAGCUUCCCUAUACAUGGGAUUUGCUGCCUCUAUAAUAUGGGUUGGACAGGGGACAUAUCUCACGUCUACUGCUACAAGUCAUGCAAACGAUUACAAAUUGCAUGAAGGUACGGUAAUUGGGAAAUUCAAUGGAGAGUUUUGGGGGAUGUUUGCAUGUCAUCAGCUCGUUGGGAACCUUGUCACUCUUGCUUUAUUAAGAGAUGGAGAGGGAGGAACAACCAGUGGCACAACUCUGCUUCUAAUCGUAUUUCUUAUUAGCAUGACUUUAGGUACAAUUCUGAUGUGCUUUUUGAGUAAGAGAAACAGUAAAGAAGAAAGACUGGAGGGCUCUGUCAACACCGUUUCAUCUUCAGUGGGGUCUUUAUUAUCUUCCAUGUUGAAUCUUUUAUUCGACAAACGGAUCCUCUUGGUUAUCCCACUUAUCGCAUAUUCAGGACUACAACAAGCAUUUGUCUGGGCUGAAUACACAAAAGAAAUUGUGAACCCAGUCCUCGGGGAACAAGGUGUUGGUGGUGCUAUGGCUAUAUAUGGAGUUUUUGAUGCAAUUAGUUCGCUUGCAGCUGGUCGAUUUACAUCCGGUCUUUCAUCGAUCACAAUAAUAGUCUCAGGUGGAAUGUUGAUCCAGCUCAUUGUACUGCUUUGGCUUCUGCUGAGCUACAGCGUGGUGAGUGGCAUACUCGGUACGAUUCUCCCGCUUCUGAUAGGGGCCUUAUGGGGAAUUGGCGAUGGAGUGCUAAACACACAGCUGAGUGCAUUGCUAGGAAUUCUAUUCAAACAUGAUCUGGAAGGAGCUUUUGCGCAGCUGAAGCUGUGGCAGAGCGCUUCAAUUGCUGUGGUGUUUUUCAUAAGCACAUCUAUAUCGUUUCAGGCAAUGCUUGUUAUCAUGGUUGUGGCUCUGUGCCUCUCGAUGGGUGGGUUUCUUUAUCUCACACUGAACGUGGAGAAAGCGGUUGCAGGGCGUGUUUCUUGACCGACUGCGGAAGGAUAAUUCCAACCCAACAUGCUGGUGAAAUAUUAUGUCUCUGCUUGACCUUUGUGUACAGAUAAACGAGCAUGUGGUUGCAGAUUCAUUCCCUUUUUUUAGCCAUUUUGUUUUCUCCUUUAUUGAUGAAGUGUGAUCUGUAAUUUUGCUUCAUGAAAUGGCUUGUUGAUAUGUAAUGCUAUGCGACUGUUAUUCAUCAAUCAAAUGUGAAGUUUGAGUUAUUUCUCCA